AUGAAUGAGGAGGUUGCCCGUACUGUUCGAUGCCCGAACCUUCCAACCCACAUCAACGCUGGUCCUCAUGACAUUGCAUCGGCAUUCAAAAAGUUCCUCGGAGUUCUGCCUGGAGGUAUCCUCGGAUCACUAGGGUUGUUUGACGCACUCGUCGCCAUCCACAGUCAGUCCCGUGCUGAGCCCGAGUUCAUCAGAACGAGGCAAACCAAGAUACGAGGUCGAAUGAUCGCACUGGCCAUUGGAACUCUUCAGUCACAAUUCCAUCGUGAGCUUCUCUGUGCCGUCUUUGGUCUGCUCUCUCUCGUAGGCCGUCAAGCGGAGAUCGCGCCCCACGAGGACGGUCUGGGCCAUCCUCUUCCAACAUCUGACCUCAUGGGUUACAGCGCCCUUGGUAUCAUAUUUGGACCCCUACUUAUUGGCGACCUACUCGAUACGUACAACAUGAGAGUUGCUUACCCAUCCUCAGGGCUUCUCUUGUUUCCUACGACCCCAGCAAAACUCAAGAAAGAAAGGUUGCGCAGCAAGACUAUGGUUUCGGAGCAUUGUCCCACAAUUGACAAGAUACUGAUCGCCAACGAGAUUGCUGAGAUGAUCAUCACUCACUGGCGAGACGUCGUCAGAAAUUUACGAAGCCUCUCUGUUUUGGCCGGCAAAGGGAGGAGCAAAGAAAAUUCCAAUGGAAAUUUGGCGAGUGGGAGAGGUUUCUUGAGAAGCUCAGUUUCAGAGCCAUUCAAGCUUAAACAGCCUCCUGGCUGGGAAGGCCAUAGUCCUGAUGUGCCAGGGGCCGGUCGUACUGGAUCACCAACGCUCGAUACACCCACACCGGCUCAAAGGCGUGGAGGGUUGACGAGUCAAAGUAUUUCCAGCAGCACAGCCGACAUUCUGUCCAUUCGACGGACCCGACCAAAUUCGUCUUACUCUAAUUCGAUCACUAGAAUUCCUCCCAAAAGUUCACUCAACCCUCUUUCGCCAACAGCGGAGGAGAGUGCUUCUGACUAUGGCGCGCCGAAAUGGCUGCCAGAGUCAACCUCACCACAACAUCCCCCAGACACACAAGACCCAAUAUGUGCAAUGCCAAACACAAAGCAGCCGUUUCCAUCGAACUUGGCAAAGAUGAUGACAGCCGCGAAGCUCAGCCCUGCCGGAAAGACGAAAUCAUCUGCAAAUGGCACACCCCGGCAAUCAGUCGAAGUGCCUCGAAACAGCUGCACGUCUGGGAAUAAUCGUGCUACGCCUGCAACUCAGCCGAUGACCACGCCAGCUGCGAAAUCAUGCAGUUCGCAAGAUGCGACCAAACCUCGAUCAUCUACAAGAGCCAGUCCGUCGCUUCAGACCCUUCAAUCUCGGAUACUCUGUCAAUCAACGGGGAGCGAAGGAGGCGACGAGUCAGAAAACAUUCCCCGUUCGCGACGUUCACCGGUACGUCCCCCCUUUGAAGCUAGCAAGAAGAGCGGUCUUCGGCAAUCGGAUUCAGGACUUGUGUCCUCACGUAUCCGCUGUUUCAUGAAGACGGACCAGGAAGGCUGGCCGGAGCAAGGAAUAGUAGGACCGAUUCCCAGUCGUGGACAAGGAUAUUCAUCCGAGGAGAGCAAAAUCACGGCACGGCAGGUCGCAAGCCCAGCCGUCGGACAGAGUGAGCACCAAAGUAUCCAGAAAAGAACCACUUUCCCGAAGCGUCAACCUGUUGCAGGCAGCUCCGACGUGGGGAAUUCGAGCCUGUCAGACUGGCGAGUCAUCAUGAAAGCCGACAUGGAGGUCGAGUCACGCUCACUUGACCAGCGGAACACCAGCGGGGCUGGAUCCAACCAAACGGUCCGCAUUAACAGCAAUAUGCACGACGAGCGCAUGUCUGAGAGAGAGAAAGAGCGGGAGAAUUCUAUCCAGAUUACGCCAAAAGAGUUUUUCAAGGAGUUUGACGUUGCUAUGAAGGAGCCAGUUCACACCGAUGCUUCAAGAACAGAUUCGCUGGAAGCACAGUAG